UUUUUCAGCAAAUUAUUGGAUAAACGUACCUUUUCCUACAUCAUUGAAUUUACAAUCGAUUUGAUCUAUGCUAUCUCGUAGAGAAAAGUUAAACGAUAAUAAGAAGAUAACCUUAAAAUGUUAUUUGAUAAAAACUAGAAGUUGCCAGUGAGGUUAGGAUUAAAAAUUCACUGAAUACAUCAACAAUGCAAACUUCUGUAUUUUCGACUUUCUCAAAAAUAUUUCUUGUAAAGUCUGAUGAAGUGUAUUCAAAUAAGAUUACUUUGCAGUUUGGAGGAAAAAUAAAAACAUCACUGAAGAUGUCAUUAAAAGAAAUGUAUAAGUUUUUAAUGUUUAACAAUUUCUCUUUAGAAAUUGUAAAAGCCAUGAACAAUUGGAUAACAACAAGGAUAAUGAAAAGAAUGGAAACAAGACUUUGACUGAGGAAGAAAGAGUUGUCUGAGACAUUAUUUUUUGACAGAAAGAUUGUCUUCCAUAAACAAUGCCAUUGAUUCCAAAUUAUUAUGGUCAUAUUAUAAGAUACUAUGAAUAUGAUCUGGAUGUUAUUAAAAAAAGCUGCAUGUACAAUCUUCUUGCAUAUAGUUUUAACAGAUGACAAGCCACUUCAAAACUUUUCUUCAAUGAAUUGGUGUAAUUAUAAAAUAGUUGGAGCAGAGCUAUAUUUACAAGAAUUCUUUACCCGAGGCUGUUAUAUUGACUGUGAGGUUAGUUUACAGAGAUUUGAUGAAUUCAGAUCUAGUGAAGAAAUGUCUUGCAGAGAAAGCACUAUGUUAAUGAAUUGUUCAAUAAUGUUAUAUGAAAAAGAAUAUCAAAAAAUAUACUUGAGGAGUCUCACCUUGAAGCUUGGAAUAUAUGUGAUUCUGUCAUUCUAUUUAAUGAUGAUAAUUCAGGCAGAUUGGAAGAGAUAAGGGAUAAAAUGGUCAUACUAAAGGAACUGAGUCAAAAAUUAAUUUGGAAAAGUGGAAACGAUGGAAGUGUCAUUAAAAGAGAUUGAACAAGAAGUGUCUUUUAAGAACGUCAACAAUCAUUUAGGAAAAAAGUAAAAUUCCAAAUCCAUUUAGGAAUUUUAUUAUGGCCAAAGUAUAUUUAUAAUCUGAGGAAUAAACUUUAUUGGAAAAUUAUUGAUCGAGAAAUUGUUGAGAAUAUAUCCCGACAUCAGCUGCAUUUAUCUUUUGAUACGUUCAAAAAACAGGAAGAAUGUGUUGAUUGUUGACGAGAACUUUUUUGAAAAUGCGUUUCUCGCACUGGACCAGCGAUGACAGUCGAUUCGCACGGAGGAAAUGUCCGCCGUCUUGUCCUUGUUGUCUGAACUAUAGAGAUCCAAUGGUCGCGAUGAAUAAAAGGCAGCGACACUAGGCUAGAAUACCGUUGUAGGCCAUCAGCAAAAUACCGCUUGCCGCGUUCUCGCAAAUUAAUGGGAGAACGUGCGUUUUUUCAAAGGAUCCCGUGGGAAAUGGAGAAGUAAUUGCGAUAUGUAAAUCUCACCGUGUAUUUCAUUGGAUGAGUUACAAUUGUUUGUGUGUCUCUUAUAUGAUGCAUAGUUAGCCGAACUGAUUGCUUGAGAGCUUAGAUAUUGUGAGUCUGAAAGAUGGAACUUGACUCCUCAGAUGUUGUGAGUCUGAAAGAUGUAAUUUGACUGCCUUUUUGUCUAUUUUGAACUAUCCACGUAAACUUAAAUGAGAUUGGUAUAGGGCGGAGUUAUGACCUAUGGAAAGGGAAAGAAUAAAUGUCCCAUUGGUCGGAGAUAGUUCGUUGGAAUGUUUGAACAUUCCAUGUGUGCUCCUAUGUUCUAAUGAUCGUGAUUGGAGUAUGACAAUGGAUAUUUCAAGGAUAAGCGCAGAUAGCACUUAGCUUAUCGAGCCUAGGCUUCUACUUUUACUGUUUAUUUAUUGGCCGAAUCGACACAUUAUCGAAACCCAGGUUCCCAAGUAUAACUGUUUCCAAUGGAGUUAUAUGAUCCUUAAGAGAAAGUACCGUGAACAAUGGAGAGAUGCACAUGUACGUCAACGCAAGGAAAAAUUCAUUAAAGAUUUCAUACCUAUGGAAAUGUACAAAUGAUGAAAAAGCUAUGGGAAAGAAACGAGCAGGAUAAUAAUGGUGUCAUAGAUAGUUUUAAGACAAUUGACAAAGAUUCGUCUUACGCAAAUUUUAAAAAAUUGACACCAAUACAAACGUUUUAUCAUGGAGAAAGCAUAUUAAUAACCGGUGGGACAGGAUUUCUUGGAAAAUUAUUAAUUGAAAAGUUAUUAAGAGGAUGUCCAGGUAUAAAGUGUAUUUAUUUAUUGAUACGUUCAAGAAAAGGGAAGGAUGUGUCUCAGCGCUUGGAAGAGAUGUUCGGGAAUGUGUUAUUUUCAAAGCUUAAGGAGAAAGAACCGACAUUUCGAAAUCGGAUAAUCCCAAUCGAAGGCGAUUGUACCUUAUCGAAUCUUGGUAUAUCGAUAAUCGACAAUGAUGAACUCAUAAAAGAGGUAUCCAUUAUUUUUCAUGUUGCUGCAACUGUAAAAUUUAAUGAGAAAAUAAAAUUGGCGACGGCUAUCAACGUUCGAAGUUUGAAGGAUUUGAUAAACUUAUCGAAGAACAUGCCGAAAUUAAAGAGUUUCGUUCAUGUGUCAUCUAUUUAUGCCAAUUGUAUGGAGAGUUUGAUUGAAGAGAAAUUUUACGAACCACCGAUGGAUUCUGAUAAAUUGUUAAAUUUGGUUGACAGCAUCAAUGAAAAAUUACUCGAUGAAAUUACACCGCGAUUACUCGGUAUAUGUCCGAAUUCUUACGUGUACACGAAAGCUGUUGCCGAGAAUGUCGUGAAAAAGAAUAUUGGGAUAAUACCAAUUGGAAUAUUUCGUCCAGCAGUUGUAAUAUCAACUUAUCGAGAACCCAUUCAAGGAUGGGUUGAUAAUAUAUACGGACCAAUCGGAAUUGGAUUAAGCGCUGGACUUGGAUUAAUGCGAGUAAUACAUUGUGAUGGUUCAAUAAAAAUUAGUUUAGUACCGAGCGAUAUGGUGGUCAACGGUUUAAUCGCUAGUGCCUGGGACAUUGCAUAUAAUCAAAGAUUGAACGACAUUCCUAUAUACAAUUAUGUGUCUAAGGAUAAUCCAAUAACUUAUGACGAUUUAAAAGACAAGGCUGUCAAAUAUGGAUUGCAAUUUCCUACUGCAAAAGCAAUUUGGUAUUAUAGCUUUAGAAAUAUAAAACAUCGGUUGGUUUAUAUCUUUUACAUGUACUUGCUACAUUUAUUACCAGCUCUUAUUGUGGAUACGUUCGCUUUGUGUAUCGGUAAACAGCCAAGGUUACUUAAAAUAUAUAACAAAAUUCACCAAUUUUCGGACGUAAUUAAUGUAUUUACUACAACCGAAUGGCAGUUUACAAAUGAAAGAUGGGAGGAACUGUUAAAAAAAUUAACAGUGGAAGAUCGCCAAUUGUUUUUCUGUGACAUAAAGGAACUAAUAUGGGAUACUUUUUUUGAAAAAUAUAUAUUAGGGAUAAGAUUAUACGUCAUAAAGGAUCCCAUUGAAACUCUUCCACAAGCUCGUAUAAAAUGGCGAAGGCUUUACUGGAUUCAUCAAACAUUGAAACUUAUUAUCGUCUCUGUUCUUUUAACUAUAACAUGGGCUAUAAUUUUGAGACUAUUUGUAAUUAUUGACUAUGCGUAAAAUUAACACAGCGACAUCAAUUAUGACAACCGAAAAAAAGAAAAUCGUAAUUGAUACGUUUUGCCAAAAUAAAAGAAUCAAAAAUCUGUUUUAUUCAAUGCAUUCAUAAUAAAUGAGAUCAUUUAUGGGAUAAAGAUACAAUUAAUAUGGGGAAAAAUGCAUUUUUUUUUUUCAUAAAAUUUCAUAUGGAUGUUGAUAUUUGAUUUUCUUUUUC